AAAUGCAUGCGCUUUUCCACCCUUUCUCUGUAUUUUUCUGUGCGUGCAGACAAGUUUGGGAGGGGAUUUCAGAGGCCUGCUUCUUUUGCUCCUUUUUCUUGCAUCAGAUUUCCUCUUUCUAAUAGCUAGUCCUUGCAUCAAGAUUCUCAGCCACAUGUAUUCUAGCCUACCACUAGGCAGAGAGCAAGGUAGCUGCCUCAUGCAGCACACGUAAGAGGUAUUUUUUAGGCUAGAAAAUUGUUACUUGAAUAAUCUUGCAUCAAGUAGUCAUCCCAACACUGUCAGGAGGCUCAUAGAGAUCCACACAUGAAAUGACAACAGAGAAAAUAUUCAUAAGUGCUGAAUGUUGGCAUGAUAUGAAGCCGGAUCCAGGUAUUGGCCAAUCCAUGUCAUCUUCCAUGACUUGCAUGUUGGGGAGGGAAUUUAGAGCAGUGAUUCUCAACCUGUGGGCCACCAGAUGUUUUGGCUUUCAGCUCCCAGAAAUCCUCACACCUGGUAAACUGGCUAUGAUUUCUAGGAGUUGUAGGCCAAAACACCUGGGGACCCAUAGAUUGAGAACCACUGAUCUAGAGGAAUAACCGUCUGGAAUCUCAUGGGCACGUUGACACUGUGUGGAUCCCUGCCAUCCAGAAGUGCGGCUGGCCAUUGGCCUUGAAUCAGAUCUAAUCUCACUUGCCUGUACCCCUUAUUCAACUUGCCUGUACCCCCAGUAUCCAUUAAGGGGACCCCUGAAAGGGAAUAAAGGUAGUAAUGGUCUCUGUUUCCCCCCAAGUUGGAUUCUGACCCAUCACACACUACUCCACCAAGUUGUGAUAAUUAAUAUAAAUCAGGAUGGGUGAGUGGGAAGUAGGGUUGCCAACAUCAAAAUCAGAGAUGCCUCCUGUCCCUUUAAUUUAUUUAUUUAUUUAUUUAUUUAUUUAUUUAUUUAUUUGCAGUAUUUAUAUUCCGCCCUUCUCACCCCGAAGGGGACUCAGGGCGGAUUACAAUGAACACAUAUAUGGCAAACAUUCAAUGCCAACAGACAAACAACAUUCAGUUUUAGACAGACACAGAGGCAUUUUUUAACAUCUUUCCAGCUUCACGAUUCCGGCCACAGGGGGAGCUGUUGCUCCCUGUUGAAUGAUUAUGUAGAACAGAUAAUUUCAGCAGGUGGCUAGCAACAUCUUCUGAAAGUCCUUUUUCUACAUAGUCAUUAAAAAGACAGGUGACAUCUUGAAGUUUUCAUUUUAGCAACCCCAGGGGAAAAGCUGCUCAAACCCAAAUGAUAGGAAGCCAGCAAAUAGGCUUGACUCAAGUCAGUCAGUCAAUCAAUGUGGAGAGCUAUACCUCUCCCUAACCCAAGAUUCUCAAAAGCCCAGAAAUGUUACGUGGGGUUUGGGAAGAAAUAUGGUUAUGACCCAGAGGCAGGUCACAGCCUACAAUGCUACAAGUCAGGUCUGUUGCUUAUAUUAUUCAUUAUUACUGUGUUUCACUGCUAGGCAGUGACAUAUACAGAGAUUUUAUGCCUUAUUUACCGAAGUAAGGCGACUAUGUACAUUGACUUGCAUGGGAUAUUGUUUGCUACUCAGCAAAUAAGUCACUGUCUGUAAGACAGAACAUUCUCAAAAUGUUUUGAGCUAACCCUGAAAAUGUAGGAGUGCUUCAAAAUGUUGCUCCAUCAUCUGGAAACUUGGAAUUGUUUUGUGAUCAGGGGUGUUGUUCCAUUAUCCAGGCAGAGGCCACUAGGGAGUGCUAGAGAGAGAGGGAUAGUCUAUUGGGGGGGGGGGGGAGUUGAAGUAGAAAAACUAUUUGCUCCAUUUUCGCUGGUUAUUCCCCCUCCCCACUUCCCAUGUCAUAAACGAGGGUCAACCCACCCUCCAUCCCCAUAAAAUGGACUGUCCUUCUCUCUCUUGCGCCUCCUAGUGGCCUCCAUCCAUAUAAUGGAACAGUACCCACACACAAGUGUUACACACAGAUACACAUUUCUCCUGAUCCCAUACUUGUCUUUUAUUUAAAGUGAAGGAUGCCAGUGGGAUAAAUGGAACAAAGGCCGUUCAAGGUGGGGAAGCUUAAAAUCCUGUUUCCAUUAGCCACUCCCCUUUGUGGAGAGAAAAAGUGGGGUAUAAAUAAACAAUAAUGAUAAUAAUAAGGAUGAAAAGCACCCACAGAUGGGUCACAAGGCAUGAGCUCAGCAUCAUUUCCAAUCUUCCAAUCAACCUCACACUAUCUUAAUGUUGCUUUCAAGGUUUUUUUUUAAGGGAUACAUUUGCACACUACUGUGUACAACAUCUAGUUUUGCCAGUGUGCAUGGUUGUAUUUGAAAAUCUACAUGAGUUUCAGGCCUGCUUAAGUGUCCCAUACAAUUUUCUGCUUGUUGAAGUGAUUUGUUAGAUUUGAGUUAUGCUAGGCAUAUUAGAGCCAAACAUGCUGGGGGAAAUGACAUGUUGCCCUGCUUUCCACCUGUGGAAAGUGGCACGGAGAAAAUGAAGGCCUUCUAUAGAUAGAUAGCUAUAGAUAUAGGCAUAGAUACAGAUUUUCUCAUGCAUGUGGUAAUUACAGAGAGACAGAAGCAAACAAAAGGUCUGUUCCCUUGGGAGCUUGCAAUUAAAUGUGGUAAUGCAUGCACGUGGUGACAGCAUCAGGCAGCACAUAAUAAGUCAGACUUUGGUCCACUGAAAUCAAUAUUGUCUUUUCUGAUGCGUAGCAUCUCAGAGAUAUUUUUCCUCGCCUGCUCCCUACACCUUUUACAGUAAAUGCCAGGAAUUCAAUUCUGGAAUGCCUAUAAGCAAAAUAUGUACUCUGCAGCUAUGACAAUAAUCCCUCUCCACCAAUUGAGAACAUUUCUCUUUUUGGACUACAACACCCAGGAUCCUGUGAACCAGCAUGACCAUUGGCUGGCCACUACUGGAGUUCUGGGAGUUUUAUUCACCCCCCCCCCCCAAAAAGCCUAUCUUCUUUCCCAGGGAGGGAAAAGUCACAAAAUUGUGGAGGAAACAGAGUUUGCAGUGUGUGGCUAUAGUAAAGUUGUGCUACAGAUAGGCAAUACACAUACAUGAGAAUGUCUAACUGCAACAAAGCCUUGUGUGCUGGCACUAAUUCUACCCAAUUCCCUCUCUCGUGUAAAUAUCCCUGGAUCAAUUCACUCAUUCCUUGCUGCACAUUUCCUAACAAAGACACGAACACUGUAAUUCUAGGCCUGUGAUAGAGCAUUCUUUCAAGAAAACAGUUUGGAAGAUUAUUCAGAGAAAGGCAUGACAGCAAAUCACAUUUCAAGCCAGUUUUUCUGCUGCGCCAUCAGGGUACCUCAUGCUCUGCAGAGUUCCAUAAGCAGCAGGCCCCAGACUCUUAAGAAAUUACAAUCUAAAUACUGACAGUGAGAGCUGAGAGGCUAGUUAAAGCAGGAAUACAGUGUGGAGAAGACGUUUAUAGCAACAGCUGGGCAUCAUUUCAGUUGUAGGUGAGAAUUAAGGUUGGAGACCUGCAAUGGUUUUACAGUACUAUAAAUUCCAUCAUGUAACAUUUGCACUUUCUUGAAUUUGCGCAAUGUUUUGGUGUCAUACUACUGUACAAGCAUUGAUAGUGUGAUUCUUAGCAAUUUCAGGGGAGCUGGAUCAGUUCUUGUGCAAUUGGAGAAUAUUUGACCAAACCAUCUGAUGUGAAACCAGUUGUGCAAUGGUUUAUUGAUGUUGUGCGCCUUCAAGUCAUUUCCAAACUAUUUCAACCCUAUCACAGGGUAUGCUUGGCAAGAUUUAGAAGACAUUUGCUUUUAACUUCCUCUGAUGCUAAGAGAGAGAAUGGUUUGUUCAUGUUCACCCAAUGGGUAGCCAUGGCUGAGUGGGGAUCCAGGAUCAUAGUCCAACAUGCCAACCAUCCGCUACACCAUACUGGCUCUCCCAGUAAAUUCAGAUUACCGUCUGCAGUGCAGUUUUACUCAUAUACACAGUGCCUAUAUGUGCAAUGUAAAGUUAAACAGUAUAAAUAUGUUAUGUAUCCCACAUCCUUAAUUUAGGUUUAAAUUUAACUCGUUUUGACGUAGUGAUGCAGAUAGUCUUGUCAGCUCAGCAAUUUCUGUCUUUCACAGAGUUAAUUAGUCACGUUCAAUACAUCUCCCACAAUCAAUUUUCAGGAACAAUUUGUGCUUUGAGAUAAAGUCAUAUGGCAGGCAGCUUUCACUUCAAACUGCAGGUGUGAUUUUGGAGCAGUGGAAAAGAGUUUGGGAGGUUAGGUCCACUUAAAAGUAGGUCUAGUCAACAACAGGUAUCAAACCCCAGACAAUUCAAUCAAGAUGCAAAAUGCAAAUCAACAGCAAAAGCCGACCCAUCACCUGGCUAUGUUGCAUUAUUAAACCAUCACUUCACAUUGCUUCAUGGUGAAACAAGCCUUAUGUCAAGAGCUUGAAUUCUGGAUUGCUUAACAAGAAAAAUGAGCAGAAAUGGGAUCCUUUCCUUCCUUUGAUAAUAUUCAAGGGAAAAAGAAACCCAGUGCCUGCUGGACUGGUUGUCAGUGCUUAGAAGUGAAGAGAGGAAGUCAUUUAGAUCAGAAGUAUAAUUAUAUUAUUCUGGUUAAGGGUGGUAAAUUAUUCUGUGCCCAGGGGACAAUAUGUCAGUGAACUUCCUGUGCUGAGGACUCGCAUAAUCCAGCCCAGAAAGGCACUACUUACUCAUAACCUGGAGCUUAAAGUCAGCUGCAGUGACUCUCUGAUUCACCAAAUGUCUGUUGGGCUAUAAUAUCAUUUGCCUACAGAACCAUGGAUUAUUAUUAGAUCCUUCCCAGCUUUCUCUAGAGAUCCAGGAAAUUGAUGACCCAUGAGGUUGAUGUUGUGUGUCUUCAAGCUGUUUCUGAUUUACGGUGACCCUAAGACAAAGCUAUCAUGAGGGUUUCUUGGCAAGAUUUGUUCAAAGAGGAGUUGCUUUAGCCUUUCUAUGAGACUGAAAAAGUGUGACCGUGGGCUUCUUUGGGCCAAGUGGAGAUUCCAGCCCUGAUCUCCAGUGUUGUAGUCCAAUUACUACACCAUAUUGGCUCCCUAGGACAGGCUUGGAAACACAUAUAUAUACACACACAUGUACCCUAACAUGGUAUGGUCCUAUGGAUUAGGAAAUGGCCAACUGUGCACAUGCCUAGUGUUGGACCAGAUUAGCAUUAAUCCUUGGCCACUGGCAGUCUCUUGCAUAACAAGGCACACCUGCUGAAGUUCCCUUUUCUGUGCAGCUGUUAAAGGUACAUGAGGCUAAGCUUCUUUGGCAUCUGGCCAUGCUAUUUACAACAUGUCGGUCUAUGAGACUAGCUAGGGAAAUGUAAUAUAUUCUGUCUGGCAACAGCUUUUCAAAGUCUCUGGCAGAAAGAGAUUUUAUGUGACACUUGCAGAAUUUUGUCAGAAGAUGCUAGGGAUUGAAUCCUCUCCUUUUCUCUUGUGUGUUUACUCUUUAGCUGGAAUCUCAGGGUGCAUCUCCUACACUGUAGAAUUAGUACAGUUUGACUCCAUUCUAACUUCCAUGGUUCAAUGCUAUGGAAUUAUUUAUUAUUUAUUACAUGCAUUUAUACCCCGCCCUUCUCCCCGUUGUAGCUGGUGAGGCAUCAGAACUUAGAGAUGUGUAUGAAAAUUUUCCUUCGUUUCCUUUGUGCUAUUGUUUCAUUUUGACUGUUCGUCUGCACAAAUCGAGUGACGACAUUUUCAUAGGAAACGAGAGGUGAGACGAAAAUGAAAGCCGCACAGUCAUGGUGCUUGCUUUUGUUUUCCUUUCAUUUCUGCCCUGUAACAAUAAGCAGGUACUGACAGAGGGCUGCUUUCCCAUUACAGCUGAUGUAUACUAGUGGGUGUUAAUAAUAAUCUUAAUAUAAAUAACAAUAGUUAUUCUGGGACCCUCAGCUGAGUCUGAGAGAGGAGUGCCUCCCCAUGACAGCUGAUGUGUGCCAAUGGGUGUUAAUAAUAAUAAUAAUAUUAAUAACAAUAAUACUCUGUGGAAGACCCAAAAGUUUUAAAAGUUGGUGGGCUUAAAGGGGUCGAAAUGCCCACUGUGUGUGGCAAUUUUUACCCCUCUAGCUCAAAAACUGAGGGGGGGGGAGGCUUGGAAGCCUUCCUAUUGCCACCAAUGGCACAAAAAUUUUCGUGUCUUUCGUUAGCCAGAUGGAAAUUCAUGUCGUAUAGGCAGCCCAUUUUCGUUAGCAGGAACCAAAUAUGAAAAUGAGACAACAUGAAUGAAACUACACAAAACGAAUAGCAAUUCUAUAUAAAAGCACAACACUAUCAGAACUCUUUGGCAAAAAAGUCUGAAGAUCUGGUAAAACUACAGUUCCCAGAAUUCCAUUGCUCUCCUUUUGUGUACAUCAUGGCUAUCACAUCUUGUGGCUGGGAUUUCUUGUGUUAAUUAUGUGUUCUGCAAAGAAGUGCUUCUUUCCUUUGUCUUCAAUCUCCUUCUAUUCGUUGGCACUGAGAGACUUUGCAAUCUACUACAAAUGGAGAGAUGUAACAUUAUCACCACCACCGCCCACCCCCUUCAAACCUAUACCAGUUGGCCAACUAGUGUUUUAUUGGGUUUAUCUCAGAGGAAAAGAGGUAGAUCUAAUUAAAGCAGUGGUUCCCAACCUUUCGGCCUCCAGGUAUUUUGGACUUCAACUCCCAGAAAUCCCAGCCAGCUUAUCAGCUGUUAGGAACUGUGGAAGCUUAAGUUCAAAACACCUAGAGGCCCAAGGUUGGGAACUACUGAAUGAAAGCUUGUGCUUGCCCUAUAGUUGAUUUGUGGAAAGCAAGGAAAUUAAAAGUCUUUUCUCUAUGGCACACUGAAGAUUAUUCAUUUUGUUAUAACACAGGUCUCCAUAAAUAGAGUCUGUUUUAUCAGUUGUGUGACAGUUAUCCCUAGUUAGCAGGUAUGAAUACAUAAAAGAAAUGGGCAAGAGAAAAACCAGUGUACAAUCUUGGAAAUUCAAUUUAAAGCUCAAAUGGAGGAGAAAUGUGUAUUGUGAACAUUCACAACAUCAGUUGUAAUAAUUUAAUUAUCCUAGAAUUGCUAAGGUUAAUUAACAUCUCUAGUGGGACAGGAAACCAUUAUGUGUCUUCAUGCCCAAAUGGAUGACAUCAAUUUUUUGAUAAGUUCUAAUUCAGUAGUUUUAUAUUAGAGGCUCAUUUUAAAGUUCAUUGUUAAAGAAUGGAAAUGUUCAGGUCAGAAGUCGAACAUCCUAGGGGGGACUGAAACAUUUGUCCUGUGGUGUUAUCCUCUGAAAGUUGUUAUCGGAUGUUGUAUUCAAUGCACAGCAUUUGCAGAAGAAUUCAGAUAUGAUUUUCCUAUUCAGUCAUUUAUUUAUUUCUAACCCUCAGCAUAUAUUUAGGAAGAAUAUGCCCUAAAAUAGCUUAAGUACAUAUUUAAAUGCAAAUUUUCAUGCAGAUUUUUUAAAAUGCAGAUUAAUGUGGGAGUGUGCAAGAUUGGAUUUGUGCACAAACACAGAAGAGAAUUGGAUUUGUCUAUCAUAAAUUUUAAUCCAUAGUGUGGUUGUGAGGAUAAAUAAUGUUAGAAUUCAAACACAGCAUAUGAAGACAUAUCUUGUAUUAAUAAUGUUACAAGGGUUCCUCUAUGCCUUUUUGAGGUGAAGCAAUGUUACUUUCAUAAAGAAGUUAUUUUCAGAAGAACAAAAAACAAUGGUACUCUUUGGAUUUUAUAAAUUGUUUCAUCUGCAUUUCAAUGUUUUAAUAUGCAUGUGUAAUGUUUCCAAUGUUUUUAUCUCUUGCACAUGGUCUCUGGGGCUCUAGUUGAUUGGAAAGCAAUAUCUAAAUGUGUUGUCAAAGGCUUUCAUGGCCGAAAUCACAGGAUUGCUGUGAAUUUUCUGGGCUGUAUGGCCAUGUUCCAGAAGCACUCUCUCCUGACAUUUUGCCCGUAUCUAUGGUAGGCAUUCUCAGAAGUUAUGAGGUCUGUUGGAAACUAGGCAAGUUGGGUUUAUAUAUCUGUGGAAUGUACAGGGUGGGAGAAAGAACUCUUGUCUGUUUGAGGCAAGUGUGAAUGUUGCAAUUGGCCGCCUUGCUUAGCAUUGAAUAGCACUGCAUCUUCAAAGCCUGGCUGCUUCCUGCCCGGGAGAAUCCAGACUACAUGUCAGACUACACAGAGAAGCCAUUGAAAUCCACAAGCAUAUGGUCAAUUUCAACAGAAAGGAGGAAACCAUGAAAAUGAACAAAAUUUGGCUACCAGUAUUUAAAAAAACCUAAAAUUGGGACAGUAAAUAAAGAGCAACACUCAGAAGACAGGGGAAUUCCAGACAUGAAAAUAUCAGGGCCAGCUAACACCUACCAACAAAGGAUUCCCCCAGGCAGGAAACAGCCAGGCUUUGAAGCUGCAAGGCUAUUCAAUGCUAUUCCAGUCAUCAGUUGCACCAUUCCAUAAUUACGUACUGCACUGAAUAUUACUGUUCAAAGGCUUGGUGCCACACCCAUGCCUUCCUGUUCUUCUUGAAAGUCAGGAGGGAGGGGGCUGAUCUAAUGUCACUGGGAAAGGAGUUUCAUAGCCAAGAGGCCACCACUGGGAAGGCCCUGUCUCCCGUUCCCGGUGCAAAGGAGGUGGGAUCAAGAGCAGGGCCUCCCUGGACAAUCUUAACCUUUGAGAUGAUUCAUAGAGGGGGUUACAUUAUAUAUAAGCCAACCCUUGAUUUUGCCAUUUUAUAUGUGACAACAUUUUACUGUGCUACCAUAUAGACCUUAAUAGACCUUAAUCAUUCAUGGAUUUCAUAGUAAGGCCUGGAAACAAACUCCAGGGGAUACCAAGUGCCCAUUGUAUAUAUAUAUUUCUCCUGAUAGGCUUCCAGAGUUAGAAAUUUAAAAAAAUUCAGGAAGCUGCUGCUUUCUUCUACCUGACAGAGCAUAGAAAAGUUGCUUUAUGGACUCCAGAACCCAGAAUUACCCAACAGGCAUGGCUAGUGACGAUACUACCUAAGUUCUAGGCGUUUGGGAACAAAAACAAUAAUUUCCCCAAGCUCUGUCUGUAAAUCUCUUGUACGUACCACCUUCACAUUGCAAAGAUUUGGCAUGACCUCAACAGUAGUUAUAUCUCUGCAUAUCUAGUUUCAGUCUUGCAUGGCCAUUCCAUCCCAACUGCCCCACAAAUGCAUUCAGUCCCUCUCACCUCAUGUGUUGUCUCAUCGAAGGUCUGUCUUUGACACAGAUUAUCUGUCAACCCACAACCUUCCUCCACAGUUGUCCAAUGAACCUCUGAUCCCUUUGUCCCAUUACAGGUUCCAUAAUCCAUCAUCUAGUCCAACUUGGUACCCAGUGGCCUUUCAGUAACCUAGCAACGUCAGCCUCAGUAACAAGGAAGUGAAUACACUGCUGGAUCCUAGGCAAUAGAUUUUUAAAGUAAAUCAGGAACACCUUUUCCUUUGUUUUCUAAAUUACUGGGAGGUUUUUAUUUUUUUUUAAAAAAAUUACGUUUCUCUUUUCUUCUUUGCAGCUGUGCAUUUUCUAGAUUUGAUUUCUUGUGUGUGCGGUGUAAACAGUACAAAAUAAAUGGGACUCCAAUGGGCUUCCAUGUUGCACAUUGUGAUUUUUAACAAUCUUUUCACAAUCUCAGAAAUGUAGGCACAGCUAGCCGCUGCUGACUGAAGAGCUUUUGGUACAUGUCUCCGAGGUGUUCUGUUCAUUCCUUUUACCGAGUAAUUUCUUGGGCCUGAUGUUGACAACAGAUUUGUUAGCUAAAUCCUAAUGGAACUCUGUAUCCCAGAUGCAAGUAAAACUAAUCCUUCUUACUUGGUUAAAAAUGGAUAUUAAUUCUUCUCCUAUGAACCACUUUUUAAUUGAAAUAUAACUACUCUUCAGCUCAACAAAGUCUACAUGGCAAAAUCUUCAGAUGGAUUUUGUCCUGUUUUGUACAUUAGGAAGGAAACGCCAUGUAGCUUUUCCAUCCUAUGGACUGGAGAGUCUUGAGCUCGGCCUAGAACCUGGAAAGUUUUUUUUAAAAGACAUUAGUCACAGUUAUAGUAUCUUCCCACACAAGGUAGCUAGUAGGUAUUAAAAUUACAGUCUUGUAAAAGUAAUGACUCACUUGCCCAUUUUUCAAAACGUGUGUCUGUCAGCCCUUCACAUUAACUGGGGUUGGGGCACAGGAAAAUCAGAAAACCAAGAAUAAAGAAAUUGCAUUUUUUAUUAUUUAUUAUUUGUUUAUCUUAUUUUUACCCUGCCUUUCUCUACCCCAAAGGGGACUCAAGGCAGCUUACAUAUGUCAACCAUUAGAUGCCUUAAAAUAUAUAUAAACAGAAACGUAAAAACAAUUAAAUUGAAAAUUAAUACAUUUUAAGCAUUUAAAAUAUUACAUUCAAUAUUGAAAUCAUGCCAUCUGAAAAUCAUAGUCCAAGGCCGUUCCAUCGUGGAUUACACAUAAUUCCAAGUGUAUUAUUGCACUAUACUAAUUACCAAAAGUCUGAGAACACCAAGAGAAAUUACCAAAAACCUGAGAACACCAAGAAUACCCAAGAGAACACCUCUCAAAUUUUCUGGGUGUUCCAACAAAACUGGAAGCUGACUGUAGAAUUGCACUAGAUGACCUAGAAAUUCCUAGAGAAGUGUUGGCUUUAGAAAUCUCUACGGACCUCAUCACACAGAUGAGCCCCCUUCCUUUCCUGUCCUGUCUCACCGACAAUACCUGGAAGGUGCACAUGGCAACUCACAGCAAGCCGCAUGCCCUCCUUCCCCUAUCACAUGGGGGAAGGGUGGCACAAUCGAGCAACGCGCAUUGGCGCCCUGUCGCUUCCCCCAUCAUGCAGGGGAAAGUGUGGCAAGGCAGGUUGGCACAUUGGCGCUUCUCCGAUCAGGCAGAAGGGAAAGCAUAGAAACAGCGCGUAGCUCUAUCGGAGCUACCAAAAAGAUGGAAGACUCACUGUGUUGGCGAGGAAGGUUCUUGCAACACUUCCUUGACACUUCACCCACUGAUGGGACAGGGCCCCAGCCUGAAUCAUCUGAUGGGAUAUGACUGGAUCUGUGGCCGAAGAGGAGCCCCAGUGUGGUAAGGGGCAACAAACCCUUGCUUAAGGAAUCACUGAAGGAAGCUGACUGUAGAGUCACACUGGAGAAGGUAGUGAGAUUAUUUUUAAUUAAAUCUGCGAACAAUCAAAUCCUGCAAAAGUCAAAACCGCAAAUGAGGAGGGAUGAAUAAUACAAGCUGCAAGACUAUGGUAGAAUCACAAUUCUCUUCUUAGGACCAAGCAUAUAGAAACAGCAUAAAGCAAUACUUGAAUUAUGAAUAGUCCUGUCUCUGUGACUUAUACGGUAGAUGACACACCCUUGUAACUGGAUAAAUAAUUAAAAGUUACUGUUAUGUUGGAAAAAAAAAAAAAAGAAUGACACCUUGUGCUACGUUACAGUCAUAAUCCAGCUCAGGUAUGCGUCAGUUGAUGGGGGAGGAAUUAAUUAAAAGUGGCUAGUUAUUACAAGUGAGUAAGAGUUACCAAAUUCUGGCUAGCCCUAAGUAGCAAUGUGUGGUGUGGCUUUUGGACAGGUGGUUUCUUCAUACCUUGCAGAUGUGUUUGUUUUUAUCCUUUUGGCAGUCUAGGGAGUUUGCCGAACUGGCACUGUGUGCAUAUCAGGGAUGUUUGCUCUGAUGAGUCAGGCAAAUAUCAGGCAGGCUUAGUGCCCGUAAUCCUCUGCCAAAAUGCAGACCAUACCCUGAAGGCCAAGGCUGCCGGCAGCUUUACAUAACAUCUGUGCCUUCUGUGCUGCUGGUGCUGUUGCAGUUGUCAAUGUGGAAUUUGCCCUCUGAACAUAGUUAGAACAAAAGGUUACAUUUUGGGUACGCUUGGCACCCAGACUUUAAUCUGAGCAGGGUUUCAUUCCCAAAACAUUUCAAUGCCAUAGCGCAACUUAAAAGGAAGAUAGCAACAAAUGCUUCAGAGGUAUGUGCAGAGUUUAUUUUAAAGAGCUGUACAUCUGGAAUUAGGAGCAAGAACAUCUGGAGUAUCUAUAUUAUUCUUCAGAUCUUCAUUGUAGCAAGUUAUACUUCUUGCUAGGGAACAUUUUAGUUUAUCAGUGGAUAUUACCUAUCCAGAAACCUAGGGCAGGAGACGAGUCCAAGAGAGCCAUGGGAAGGGUGUACAACAUGUGUGAAAUUAUAUGUGUAGUAUUUAUACAUAUGAAACCUUCAUACAUGUUAGGAAAACCCUAUUGUGAUCUUUGAAAACAGUGAUGGCUUCUCUUGUCAGAGCUCCCUCUGACGUUCAGAAGAUGACAUUAGUGUACAUCUGGAAAGGAGCCUUCAAGCUCUUUCUCACUCUUUGUUCCCUGAAGGUAAUGCCAACCUUCUCCCCAUGCCACAUCUUACAGCUGUGGGGUUUGCAAAAUUCUUCUUCAAAUUCCACAGCACUGCUGGUCACAGCUGACCUCCAGCUAAAGCGCUCAAGGCCCAGGGCUUCCCAGUUCUCGGUGUCUAUGCCACAGUUUUUAAGGUUGGCUUUAAGCACAUCUUUAAAUCUCCUUUCCUGUCCACCAACAUUACGUUUUCCGUUCUUGAAUUAGUAACUGCUUUGGGAGAUGGUGAUCAUAGGGCGACAGAAUCCACAGGCUUUCUCCCUUCCUCUGAAAUUUUUAAAAUGGUUUGAAAGAGGGAUUACAGUUUGUGGAGUACAUACGUGUCUUUCCUUCUCUAACCUCUGUGUGGUGCAGUAGUCUGUUGGACUACAACUCUCAAGAUAAGAGUUCAAAUUUGCAUUUUGGGUAUGCGAACCCACUGGAUGGCCUUGGACAAGCCGUACCUUCUCAGCCCCGGAGGGAGGCAAUAACAAUCUUCUGAACAAAUCUGUCCAAGAAAACCUCAUCAUAGAGUUACAGUAGCCAUAAAUAAUAAAAGACCUGAAGGCAUACAACCACCAAAAUACAUUUACCACAUUCUUAAAAAUCUGAAAAACUCUUCUGUUUGGCCAGAAGAGACGAUGGAAGAAAAAGAAAUGUGUCAAUAAAGCAAAUCCAUGUCAAAGCCUCAUCAGAUCUUUAAAACAUUAUUAUAUGGAUCCAGCUUGAUACAUUCUCAGUCUGAACAUUGAGGUUUAAUUUUAGUUUCUUUUCUAAAAGCUAGUGAUAGAUUACUUCUUCUUAAAUGUAUUUAUCUGAAGCAUUUUUACUCUGCUCUUCAGUUGAAAAAAAAUCCUCUACUAAUCUUUUUUUAAAGCUAUGCAAGCUAUUAGAGGCCAUUGCUACUUCUUGUGGUAAUGAAUGCCAUAUGUUCAAAUAAUAUGCAUUGUGUAAAGCACUCUUUCAUUUUGUCGCUCCUGAAUCAGCUUUCAGUGUGUUUCACUAAGUGACCCCACUUCUAGGAUUACAAGUGAAACAACCCUAUUCAGCUCUUAACUGUGUUAAAAAAAUUCAAGAGAUUGAAAUACAUUGAGGGUGGAAGAGUCAGUGUUACUGUGGAUAAAUAUUUUCAUUGUCUAUUUAAAUACUGCAGUUCUAUUGGUAGUUCUCAUUAAAUGUUUGUUAUUUAAUUUGCAGCUGGAUUUUUACUGGCAUGGAAAGAGGGACUUUGCUUGUCUGGAGGAGUUUUGCUCCUGUGUUUCAGCCCACAAAAUGCAUUGACUACCAUUCUGAGCCCGGUUAUUUGGAGAGAAACCGUGUGGUGUGGAAGGAGUAGGGUUACUUCUGAGUAGAUAACCAUAGCAUUGCAGUGUUAAAAGUAAAGGUAAAGGUUUUCCCCUGACAUUAAGUCUAGUCGUGUCUGACUCUCGGGGUUAGUGCUCAUCUCCAUUUCUAAGCCUAAGAGCCGACAUUGUCUGUAGACACCUCCAAGGUCAUGUGGCCAGCAUGACUGCAUGGAGCGCCAUUAUUUUCCUGCCAGAGCAGUACCUAUUGACCUACUCACGUUUGCAUGUUUUUGAACUGCUAGGUUGGCAGAAGCUGGGGCUAACAAGCAGGGGCUCACUCCGCUCACCAGAUUCGAACCACUGACAUUUUGGUUAACAAGUUCAUCUGCUCACUGGUUUAACCCACUGUGCCAUCUGGGGCUGCCAGUGUCUAUCAGCAUGAAAUAGUUGACCCAUGGGCCUAGUCACUCUUUUGUGCAUGAAACAAGGUGCUCUUCCCAAUUUAGGCUCUUUCCCUAUCUGAUGCUUCCAUGUAUACUUUCCAUGUAUAUCAUGAAGCUUCCAUGUACACCUUCCUUGCAUUCCUUGACUACACUCUGUUCUACCCUUAUGCACACAUAUUAGCCAAGGGGUACAGUCUACAUGCUAAUCCGAUUUCAACAUUUAAUCCUGUUAAUGUUGAGAUCGGGAUUAAUUUUGUGUUAAUCGGGAUAAUCCUGACAAAAUGGUGAGCAUUUUGAACAUCAUAUUAAUUGUUACCCUGAGCAGCACACAGGUUUAAAGGAAUACUAAAAUUCAUCAUUUAAGCUGGAUGAAAACAAAGCUGAAGUUGAAGGUAAGAGUUAGGUGUUAAAGGCUGGCAAAGGAACAUAUUUCAUGUGCAAAUUUGGGUGUGUAUGGAAUUAAUGGAAACCCAUUUUUGGAGCUUGAGAUGGAAGCUUCAACCAGAAAUGUAUGGUACUCAAAUCUGUCUCCAUCCAAGAGGCAAGGCAAAAGGCUUCCUGAAUGACCCCAAGCAUCUGUCUUCUCCUCUAAGCAUGAUUUCAAGUGGACAUUACUAAACAUUUGCUUUUCUCUGCAACAGUUGGUUUGGCUGAUUUUCUGAAACUCUGCUUGGAGUUUUUGCUGUCUAGAUUCAGUUGACUGAUCUAUGAAGGUUGGCAGGGAGAUCAGUUUUUGUGCUGGAAGUGAAAAAUACAAAUGACAAUUCUCUUUGUCCAAUUAAUAUGAGGCGCAAUCCACUGGGAAAUUUUCUGUUGACAGUGAAAUUGGAUGAUAGGUUGCCUAAGGCUGCUUCAAGCCUAUAACUACCCUUGUAUGUAUAGAGGAAAGGGAAGAAAAAGGGAGACAUUUAUUUAGUUCCAAGAAUAUGUCUUUAAAAUGGAUGGGAAUUGUUCAUCUUUGUUACCCACCACAUGUCCACCAUAUGUAUCACCAUCAUGCUUAAUUUGAAUGGCCAAUCCCUUUGAAACCCAGUGUGGAGAUUACAUAGCACUCCUUGUUUUGAAGCAGAAUCUCACCUCUAGAAACGUGAUUCUGCUUUAAAAUAAGAUCCCCUCCAAAGAAGCAUGAUGGGCUAUUCUGUUAAAAUAGUAUUGGAAGACUCAAUGUUGUCUUGGACUUACUGGAAUGGAGGUUAAGUGUUAGAGGAGGGUUAUAUAGCUAUGUGUAUACAGGGCCCUGAGUCAACACUGCCAUAUCAUUUCAAAUCAUAUAAUCUGUAUUUUAUAGGCAGUGUGGAAGAGGUCUAAGUGAACCCUGCCUGUCCCCUGGGUGCCAUUGUGGCUGAGGGGGUUGCUGUGACACAAAAUGGGCAGGGCCUAAAGGGGCGGGGCCUACCCUUCUGACUGGCAGCCAGGGGAAACGGCUCUUCCUCAUCCUCCCUCCUCGUCCUCCCCCACUUUCUAUGUGUUCCUGUGUGUGUGAGGAGGAGGAAAGCCCCUCCAAGAAGAAGAGCCCUAGCAGUUGGCUCUCUCUCUCCCUGCUCUUCUCCAUGCUCCGAGUUCCCCCGUCAGCUGUAAACAUAGUUACCCCCCUCAAGGCAAGUGCGGAGAGUAAGGGGAAAAAGCGGGAGCGUACCAUUCGGGCUGAAAAGGGAGGGGGAAAGUGGAAAAUAAAUAUAGACCAGUCCAGUUUUUUGGGGGGGAGGGGAGGGUUGAGUGAAGGACAUACCUUGGAUAUGUUGGUGGAUUGUGGCCAAAUUUGGUGUCAUUUGGUCCAGUGGUUCUGUUUUUAACUCGGUCCUACAAGUGGAAGGUACAUAUAUAUAUAUAUAUAUAUACACAGUAGAGUCUCACUUAUCCAACAUAAACUGGCCGGCAGAAUGUUGGAUAAGCGAAUAUGUUGGAUAAUAAGAAGGGAUUAAGGAAAAGCCUAUUAAACAUCAAAUUAGGUUAUGAUUUUACAAAUUAAGCACCAAAACAUCAUGUUAUACAACAAAUUUGACAGAAAAAGUAGUUCAAUACACAGUAAUGCUAUGUAGUAAUUACUGUAUUUACGAAUUUAGCACCAAAAUAUCACAAUGUAUUUAAAACAUCGACUACAAAAAUGUGUUGAAUAACACAGAAUGUUGGAUAAGCGAAUGUUGGAUAAAUGAGACUCUACUCUCUCUCUCUGUGUGUGUGUGUGUGUGUGUGUAUUCUAUAACAAUAUGCAAUAUUAUUAAAAUUACAAUAAUGUGAAGUAUUCUGUAUUCUAUUCUAUAAUAUAAUAUAUUCUAUAAUAUAAUAAUUCUAUAAUAUAUUUAAUAGAAGGGGACGCUACUUGAGAUUUCUAGGGAGAUGUUCUCUCAUUUUAAAAACACAGAUGUUUUUAAUUUGUGAUUUUUCACUUUCAUGGGGGUCCUAUGUUCUUAACCUCAGCUAAUGGGGAAGUCUGUCUGUGUUAUGCUUAUUAACAGUGAACAAGAAAAAGUGUGAGUCACUGAUGUAAAGAUCCCAGCAAAGCUUUGCAAGGGUCUAGAAGAAGAGCAUCUGUCACUUAAAUAUGAAGUGUGACUGUCACAAGAACGGCUGCAUAAGGGGGAAGACAGCUGGUUUUGCAAAGCCCACAGCUGUGUGAUACGGCAUGGGCAGAAGGUUGGCAUCACCUGCAGGGAACAAAGCGUGAGAAAGAGCUUGAAGGCUCCUUUCCAGAUGUACGCUGAUGUCAUCUUCUGAAUGAUGGGAGGGAGCUUCGAGAAGAGAAGCCACAUCCGUGCUCAGUGCCCGCUGAUGCGGUUUCCAAGGCAACAGGGCAAAUCCCAGGCCAGAGUCUUCCAUGCUGUGAUGUCGCACUCUGUGCCGAUGCAAAGACGGAGGGCGUCUGCAUGAACCCACUUGCUGCGGUGAUAUAUUUGCAGAAAGAGGCUAACUUCGAGUCUGAAAUUGUAAGAAGGAUCCAAGCAAAGAGCUAAAGCCAAAAGAAAAAAAGGGGGGAACGCUGUUAUGUUCUUCUCUCCUUACAUACACUCGAGCGAAGGAAGAAGAGAAGAUACCACCAAUGAUUCCAUCAUAUCUAUUUAUAUCUAUAUAGAAAUCAUGGGCAUUUCAAUGCACUCAUUUAAACUAUAUCCCAGCUUAUUGUUUAUUUGAAUGCCUCACAUUUGCAUCUCAGUUUUCCUCCAACAUGCUAAGAGUAGUAUAUGUAGGUAAAUGUAAAGGUUUUCCAACUCUGGAGGUUGGAGGUUGAUGCUCAUCUCCAUUUCUAAGCUGAAGAGCCGGAGUUGUCUCUCGGUGUAGUAUAUGUAGUAUGUGCUCUUUUUUUUAAAAAAAAGGGUGGAAAUAAAGAGGGAGGGAGGAAAGCAUGCAAGUGCGGAAGGAAGACAAAUGAAAAUGAAAGCUAAUUGUGGUAAAUUUAUCCCAUUUGGCAAGGAACUAGUGUAUAGUACAAGGUUAGGCAGUGCACUUACUCAUCUAUCUACUCACCUAUUCCUGCCUACACCACUGUUAAGACUAAAGAAAAGGAAGCAGAAUUAUAUAUUCACGGAUGCUUAGAUAUAGCCCCUCUGAGAGUCCUCCUUCCUACCGGUUUGCUCUCUGAGUCUAUCAGAAGGAGAGGUUGCACCAGACAUUCAGUUUUAUGUAAAUCCAUCUCCAUUACUUACGGAAUUGCUACAACCUCUUGAACCCUGGAGUUUGUUCUUUCUCCUUUUUUCCUGACUUCUUUUCUGUUUUUGUCUUAUCUUUUAGAGUUUAAACCCAAGGGUAGAGGUUAUCUUAUUUCUGAUCUUUUCCUACUGAAGAGCUAGCUAAAAACGCUUGAAAUAGGUAAAGAAUGAAUAAGCAAUAAUAAAGUCUGAGCAGGGAUUUGCUAGUCCAAAUACAUUACCCUACAUUUAAAAAUGGCAUUAUGGUUUCACAAGCUCAGAAGAAGUGACAACAAAAUUAUUGAGAAAGUUAGUUGUUUGGUGUGCGUACAGUGUUUAAGUCCCAAUUUCCAAAUUUCUCUACAGUGUGUGCACUUGUUCUUUAGAAAAGUACAUGCACUUCUACAUGAUGUUCAAAGUUAUGGUUUAUUUAUAUAAGUGUUUCUCAAACUGUGCUCCUCCAGGUGUUUUGGACUUCAGCUCCCAGAAAGCCCAGUCAGCUUACCAGUUAGGAAUUGUGGGAGCUGAAGUCCACAAACAUCUGAAGGAGCACAGUUUGAGAAACUCCAAUCUAUACUGUAAAAUUAAUGUAGUUUGACACAACUUCAAUGCAAUGGAAUCAUCGAAGUUGGAGUUUUACAAGGUCUUUAGCCAUCUCUACCAAAACAUGUGGGUGCCUCAUGAAACUAGAAGUCCCACAGUUCUAUAGCAUUGAGUCAUUAACAGUUAAAUUAGUGUCAAACUGCAUUAAGUCCACAGAUUAAAUGAAAUUAGUUUUUAUAGGUUAAUCAUUUCCUGCAGACCGGUGGUUUCCAACCUGUCAUCCAUGGACCACCAGUGAUCCCCAAGAACUAAAAUAUGGUCCGCAACCUCACCGUUGCUACACCGUUGCAACAAGAGCGACUGGUCUUGCAAAACCCUCUUAUAGUGCCGAGGCAAAGGGGUUGACGGGAGGGGAAAGGCUGACUACCAACAAAAGGCGGAACAACAAGCCUCCUGACUGCUGCUUCUCUUCCUCCUCCCUCCCUCUGAGCGGAGCCAUUCGAUGUGGCACCUGGAAACAGAAGCGCCUUGGCGUCUUCGUUUUUAGACCUGUUCCUGGGGUUAUUUGGGGUGUUGAUUCAGAAAAUUGCAUUGGAUAGACCACAUCCGCUCUAGAUUAUUAAAUAUCGUUUUCUGUGGGGGAGCAGAUGGCAACUACUGGAUGGCAUAUGUUUGUAUCAGAAACUAGGGUUGUGGUCUGUCCAAUGCAAUUUUCUGAAUUAGCACCCCAAAUAACCAAACCAAAUCUAAAGUUGACUAAAAACUGAUUCAUAACCCUUUUGGUACUAAUGUUGGAGAGUGGUCCCUGAUCAAAAUGGUCCCUGAUCAAAGUGGUCCAUGUGUUUGGGAGGUAGUUAGUAGGAAAGAUGUAGGUUUCAUUCCUCCAAAGAGCCAAAGAAAGAGAGGAGGAUUGCCCUUAAUAUUCACAUUUUGCUUUAGGGAUUAUAUUUUGCAGACUUGGUGCUGGGUGGCUUCACUAUGCUCAUCAUAUGAAUAAAUACGUAUUAGGAAAAACAUUGUAAGUCUCCUGUGCUCUCUCAUCCCAAAGAAAACUAAAGGAUUAUUUCAAAGCUUGCAGAUAAUGCUACAGAGAUGUUUGGACAAAUGCACAUUUCAUCUGUUGUGAAAACCUAACCACAGUCUGAAAGUCAGUGGCACGCAUUGGAUUAUUGGUAGCCUCCAGGGCGAUUCAUUCCAUUCCCCUUGUGUGAAGCUCUUGGGAUAAUAUGGAAUGAUCAGGCAGCUUGUUCAUUUUGUGUCUCCCAGGCUGCCAAUCUUUGCUUCGUUUGAGUCCUGUGCUUUCUUUGCAUUUGCCGCAUCAAUUGCCUUCAGAGAAAGCAUCUGGCCAAGAAUUCACUGGCAAAUGGAUCUUAUUUUUAUAGAUUUCACACUGAGUAGAUACCUCUGCCUUCCCACACCUCUGCUAACAAUAUGAAACCUGACAGGCCGCAGUGGCUGUCUAUUCCAAAUUCUGAUUGAUGGAACAGAGCUGUAAAUAGCAUGAGAUCUCAUACUAGUUUGUCAAUAGAAACAUUUCCCCAAGUAUGGGAGACUUAUGAAGCUAUGGGAUAGGGGGUAUGCAUGUGUGUGAAAAUUAAAAUCUCAUUGAGGAUCAGUGAACUUCCUUUUUCAACACCAGAAGCCAUAUGGGGAAUAGUUCCUUCUUUCAGAGCGAGGGAAAGACAGCAGAAGGUACAUUCAUAGAAAAUGAUGUUUGUUUGCAAAUGCCCAGCUAGAUAAGUAAUUUUAAUGCAACUGAAGCAGCACAAGGUCAUGCUAAUCUGAGUUAAUAAGGGUGUCAUAUCUCAUAUGGGGCAUCAUGACUGAAUAUUCAAUGUAAUUUGGAUAAGGAUGAACCCAACCUGAAAUAGGUCACUUAAUCAGCUUCCUACUGGAACUAAGAAGGACUUUACACUUUAUAUAAGAUUGAAUUCUCAUAAUUUGAUAAAGUCUGGAUAAAUAUUACUGUGUCUGAAAUUAUUGGGUUGGCCUUUUAAAAUGUUCUUUGCUUUCCUAGGGCUUUGUAAUUUUUUAGCCUUAUCUCAAAUCAGUGCUUAUUUAUGCUGGAAAUAUUUUACUGAUGUGUAUGCAAAUUUUGCCUUAAUCUGAAUGUCUGUUUGUAUUGACCAUACAGCUGCUUGCUCGGAAAAUCUUAAAUCUUUCAGUUAUGUAUAGGUAAAAGGUAAAGGUUUCCCCUGACGUUAAGUCCAGUCAUACCCUUCCCUACCCAAUACAUCCACUCUAGGAACCUCAUCACACCCCGGGGGGGGGGGGGGGGGGAGAGAGAGAGAGAGAGAGAUAGUGUCUUCUUUUUGACAUGUACCGUGGCAUUCUGUCUUGAAAGACAAGAAUUGACUCAUCCGCAUCCCAUGGGAUGUACGUCUUUCAAUACACCAUGCACUUUAUUUCUUUAGAGACAGCAGCUACUUACGUCAUCCAUGGAGUGCCCACAUCACAGGUUUUAAAAAUAAUAAUAAUAAAACAAAUUGUGAAAUUGCAGAAUUUUGAAGGUUCAAAAUUGUUCAGUUACAGCAAGGAGGCUAGAAGUCCAAAAAGUAAUGGCAGCAGAAGGAGCAUCGAUGGACAUAAAAAGACCAUCCAUAUGCAUGCCCACACUGAAACGUCAUCCGUAGAAUGCCCACAACACAGGAUUUUUUAAAAAAAAAUUGCAAUUGCAAAAUUUCAAAGGUUGUAAAUUAUGCACUUACAGCAACUUUUAAAAAAAUAAGAUAGAAGUCUAAAGAGUAAUGGUGGCAGAAGGAGGAUUGAGGAGCAUAACAAAAAUACAGACAAUAUAGGCAAAUGCAGCAUUUCCCAUCUCACAGAAAAAUACCUGUUUCUAAGUGCAUGAAGAUGAAUGGAGUUGAUUCCUACCUAUUUUUCAAAUCCACAGGUUUCUACAUGCUAAAGAGACAGAAUCCCACAGUCAACCCAUGGAAUGGGUUGUGCCGUAUUUGAUGAGAUCUGUGGGAUUUCGUCUUUGAAGUGUGUAGAAACAGAGACCACACUCUGUCUAAUGAAGUCCUUUAUAACACUAAUAUACAAGGUACCAAAAAGGUAGUCAAAUAAUCAGAAGGGCAAAUAUCUGAUAUAUUCCAGCUUCUUAAGGACACCAAGCAGUAAUGGUCAAUGCCUAUCAAGACACUCUGUCCUACUCCUAAGACCAUCCUUCCAGUGUCUUGAGAAUCUAGACAUUGGAUGUUAGAUGCUAACAUGAUUUAAAUAACAUCAAUGUUUAUAUCUAAACAGGUAAAGUAAUCAUGAUGAUAAACACCUCCCUCAGGGUGCCUGGUCCAUGCAGAAGUCACCAUUCAGUGAGAAUUCCAGAUGUUUGAUGUGAACUAGGAGAAAGCAGAAGGCCAACCUAAUGUUGUCAGAUCUGCUUCUACUCCACAUUGUCUGAUUAUCUAAAUAGCCAUGUCCAAGGAAGUAGAGAAAACCUAGCAAUGUUCCUAAGGGAUGGUGACACUGAUCAAAUUUCUCUUUGGGCAGCAAAAAUAAUGAGUAGAUUGAUACUCACCAGGAGCCUUCUUGGCCAUUAUCUAAUGAAGAAACACCCAAAAUGAGAACUGAAGCUGGGCAUACCAUUUUUACUACACAAACCUUCUUGUUAGUCUGUUAUCUAAUUAUGCAGUUCAGAUGCUAAAAUGAUUUCAACUUACUAUAAACAACAAAAAGGAGGGAUGAUGUAGAAAAUCUGAAAAGGAAUAUUAAAGCCAGACUUAAAACCAUCACAUUUGCUAUGUGUAUCUGAAACUUCUUGAUAGAUGUGUACCAUGGAGCUAACCAAGUGUCUAAUCAAAUUGGACCUGGCACUUUUAGGAGGUAAGGUAAAUGUAAGUGUGGUGUCAAAUUCCCUGCUCCUUGUACCCUGGAUGCUGUUCCCUACUAGUAAAUCACUGCGACUGGGCCUUUCAUUGUUGACAAUACCAAAAGGAAUGAGGGCCGCUACCCAAAUCUGUUCUCAAAUCUGUAAGGAUGGUGUCAACAUAAGCCCUUGAGAACCAAAUUGCCAACACAGAAGGAUCUAUUGUAAAAUCUGUAUGGUUGUCGCAACCUAGUCCCCUGCUAUUCAGGUUCUGUUAUCUAAAUGUCUACUGUGAGAUGCAUGAUAUUGCAUGGGCUUGACUGGGUAAUAGUCUGCAUACAUAACUGGGCUUGCAGAAAAUUUUACCUUUACCUGAAUGGCUGAUUGUAUAUGAUGUUUGAAUGUGGCUUUCCUGCAAUUAUACUUUGAAUACCUUCAGAUGCCUUUCUCUUUGGAUGUACAUUUUCUAUACUUGUAGAUACACCUCUUUUACAUAAUUCUUGCUCUAGUCAUAGGUCUUUUCCCCCAUUGCACAGGUCUUUCCCCCCAUUGCACACAUCAGAAAGUCUCCCAACCAAUCCUACAAAGCUUUUCUGGAAUGUGGCCCCUGCCCUGUAAUCACUCUCUUUUUUUUGCGUUCUUUCCAUCUGUUUCAAUUGUUUGGGGAACAUCUAAUUCUCUGUUAUCCUACUUUUUGCUCUUGCAAUGUCAAUUUUUUUCCUUUCCUCACUUUUUUUGUUCUCAACUUAAUUUCAUUACUGCAAAUUAAAUUCAACUUGCAAAAGUAGUUUAUUCUAGAUUGAUUUAUCAGGGGAGAGGAGAAAAGGGGGUGGAAUUUUGCCCUUCUGUGUAAGCUCAGACAAAAGCAUCUCCUAUCUUCUGUAUUUUCCCAAUUAAUAUUUCCCCCCAUCUUGACCAUACUCUGAAGUUCCUUGGCUACUUACUCCUUUCCUGAUUUUUGCCUGUGAAAUGUUGGCCGAUAUGCUAUUGCCUCUGCAUGAAUAACUAGUAGAAGGAGAGCAAACUUUGCCAAGGAACACCCAGUUGGGGACUACUUAGAGUCUUUAAAGAAGGAUUACAUUAGAUUAGUCCAGAUCACUGACCCGGCAUCAGAGUUUUCUUUAUUUGCCAAGCAUGUCUGAAUUUACUUUGUCUCAAAGUCAUCUCACUCUGCCAUUGGCUGCAUCCAAUUCUACGCCUUCCCUCACCUCUUGCCCUGGGAACCUUGAGGUCCUGGGUGAUACUUGGAAUCAUCCCACAUACGAAGUUCACUGGUAGGCUUCCAGUGGAACAGCACAAACUGAUUUCUUGGCAUAUUCUUCUAAGGAAUGUUAUCCAUCCACACAGAAGGGGGGGGGGGGGUUCUUUGCCAGCCCUCUGGCUGCCUUGAAAACAUUCCAGGCUAUUAUCUUAGUAAAAUGUGAUGGAACAGGCUGUGAAGGAGGGAUGCCUGGAGAUCUCACGGCAGUUGCUGAGCAUUUUUCACUAUCUGUAUUGUACUUGUUGGUGGCUUUACUGAGGAACCAUAUUUUUGGAAAGAAUCUGAAGAACUCCAGCUUGUGAGACUCAGCCUUUGGGACGGGGCAUGAAAAGCGAGACACCCAUCAAAUGCAGGACUCGAAGCUCCCGGCACACACAGGGUUCUCAGCCUGGCCUGGCUGAUCAAGCCAAACUCUCCUUUGCAUCAGCAGAGUCUCUGGAAACCAUGUCUGAAGCCGAAUUGCCCAUAGGGUUCAACAGAAUGAACCGCUUCCGGCAAAGCUUGCCUUUGUCCCGUUCUACCAGCCAAACAAAGCUUCGGUCACCAGGCAUCCUUUUUCUACAGUUUGGAGAUGAGACGAGACGGGUUCACAUCACCCAUGAAAUUAGCAGCAUGGAUACUCUACAUGCCCUCAUCGUCCACAUGUUUCCCCAGAAGUUGACAAUGGGCAUGCUGAAAUCUCCCAACACUGCCAUCCUGAUUAAGGAUGAAUCCCGCAACGUGUUCUAUGAGCUGGAGGAUGUCAGAGAUAUCCAGGAUAGAAGCAUUAUCAAAAUCUACCGGAAAGAACCCCUUUAUGCCUCCUUCCCUGGAUCUCAUAUUACUAAUGGCGACUUACGGAGAGAAAUGGUCUACUCUUCCAGGGAGUCCUCUCCCACCCGGCGCCUGAACAGCAUGUCCCCUGCUUCCCACCUCACCUCUGGUUCUCCCCCACCAGUGCUUCAGUCCUCCUCACCGUCCCGUUCCCGUAUGUCUUAUAGUGGAGGGCGCCCACCUUCCUAUGCAGGCAGCCCUGUACACCAUAGUGAACGCCUUUCCAACCUGCCUCCAGCCCAAGGUGUCUCACCAAGCCCAAGUGCUAUUUUGGAACGCCGGGACGUCAAACCAGAUGAAGAUCUGGCUGGGAAGAACAUGGUGCUUGUGAAGAAUGAAGGUCUGUAUGCUGAUCCUUACAGUAUGGUGCAUGAAGGACGUCUCAGCAUUACAUCCACUCAGUCACUGGCUGGGAUGGGAGACCCAUUUGCUUAUCCUGGGGGUCUCUAUAAGCGAGGCUCCGUGCGGUCCCUCAGUACCUAUUCAGCUGCUGCCCUGCAGUCAGAACUUGAAGAUAGCCUAUACAAGCCCAAUGCACAGAUAUAUAGUGAUACCUAUGGUCCAGGGAUGGGCUUUCGCUUGCCCCCAUCGUCCCCCCAGAAAAUUGCUGACGGCCGCCUAGUAGACGUUCAGCAGAGCCAAAGCCCCCACAGCCCUUAUUCGGGGCCUCCAAGCCGGUCUUCACCAGUUCGCCAGACUUUUCGCAAAGACUCUUGCUCCUCCGUCUUCAUGGAAAGCCCUGUCAACAAGCCACGCAAUUCUAGCUCUUCAGGGCCCCCAGAGCUCUUCCCUGGUCCUGGAGAACGUCCCCUUUCAGGAUUCAGUUCACCUGUGCCUGCCAAGGAUACAGAAACAAGGGAGCGCAUGGAAGCCAUGGAGAAGCAGAUUGCCAGCCUCACUGGCUUGGUGCAAAGUGCAUUGAUGAGAAGUUCUGAUGCAGAAACACCUAGUGAGAGGACAGAAGGAAUUAAUGGAGGGACACCUCCAUCUGCACCCCCGUGCAGAAGCAGUGGAGGGACCCCAGUUCCUGGCCCUCCGCCCCCAUCGGCUACUGGUACACCAGCUGGGCAACCCACUGCCAUUACCCGUCUGCACAUGCAACUCCAUCUCCAUGACUUGCAGCAAAAUGCCAGUGAUCUCCGCAAUCAGCUGCUGCAACUGAAGAAACUACAGAUUCAGAAUCAAGAAACAGUGAAGACUAUGCUGCGGCGGACCGAGACCGAGAUCAGUGUGCGGGUGACGGACACCAUGCGCAAACAGGAGGAUCCCUUGCAGCGGCAACGCUCCUUAGUGGAGGAGGAGCGUCUUCGUUACCUCAAUGAGGAAGAGCUCAUAACCCAGCAGCUAAAUGACCUAGAGAAAUCUGUGGAAAGGAUUCUGAAAGAUUUGACCCACAAUCACCGACUUAUCUCUGCACAAGAGCUGGAGGAGAAGUCCCUGGUGCUUAAGCAAGUGGGAGACACCUUGACAGACCUGAAAGCUAAUUUCCCCAGCCUGCAGAGCAAAAUGCGUGUGGUCCUCCGUGUGGAGGUGGAGGCCGUGAAGUUCCUCAAGGAAGAGCCACACCGGCUGGACGGCCUAUUCAAGCGGUGCAAGGCAGUGACCGACACCCUGACGCACGUCCGCAAGCAAGUUGAUGAAGGUAUCUGGGACUCCUCCAGCAAUCUCCUCACUCAGUCUCCAAAGAAGGUGGACCCAGACAGUGACUUCAGCAAGGGCUUGGAUUUUGAAUUGCCCACCAGCCCUCCCAUGAACCUCCAUGACCUAACCUCUUCCACGGAUAGCCUGGGCACAACUGGAUAUGGGCAAAGUCAAGGGCAGAGCCACAUGUCCAAGGGCAGCAACCCAUCCCGGGUCUCAGAGAUGGUCACCGUCAAAACCCAGACAGGCUGUGAGACCCCCAGCAAAAGGAUCGUGGACAGAUCAGUGUCUGUAGAGGCUGCCGAGCGAGACUGGGAGGAGAAACGGGCUGCCUUGACCCAAUACAGUGCUAAAGACAUUAACCGCCUCCUGGAAGAGACCCAAGCUGAACUGAUGAAAGCCAUCCCUGACUUGGAGUUUGCAGCGAAGCACAAGCAGACCUCCGGUGGUGGUGGAAGUGGGAGCGCGGCUUCGACCCCAGAGCACAAAUCCUCCAAGCCACAGCAUGGCCAAAAGACCACAACCAAAAUAGACCCCAGUGGCCGCCGAGGAUCAGAUGAGUUGACAGUACCCAGAUACAGAACUGAGAAGCCCUCCAAGUCCCCACCUCCUCCCCCUCCCCGGCGGAGCUUCCCAUCCUCCCAUGGUCUCACCACCACACGCACUGGAGAGGUGAUCGUCACUAGUAAAAAAGAAUCCAGUUUCAUGAAGAAAGCUGAAUCAGAAGAGCUUGAGACUCAGAAGCCACAGGUCAAACUGCGGAGGACUGUGUCAGAGGUUGCCAGGCCUGCCUCAACACCCCCCAUCAUUGCUUCUGCCAUCAAAGAUGAUGACGAUGAAGACAGGAUCAUUGCUGAACUUGAGGUAUUUCAAAGAAGCUCUUCAUUUAUUCCUAAAUUCCGUUGUGACCAGCUUGUGCCAGAUGCAGACAUGUGGUCCAAUGGGGCCACGAUUGCAGCAGAAGGAUGGAAGGAAGCAGGACUCCCAAAACCUUCAUCUGGUGACAGUUCCCAUCUCUCUCAUAUUGUCCUUUCUGAGUGGGUUCCCAGCUUGCCACUUCCUGAUUUUCAAGCAGAAGCAGGGUUGGAGCCAUGCAGUCCUUGGACUCAUAACAACCAUGGAACUGAUGGAAAGUUGGGAGUUAUUGAAUGGACUAGGAUGGAAAUUAAAGCAGGUCCAAAGGUCUUAUUGAGCCAAUUGAGCAAGAAUGAAAGGAAGCUGAAAUCUUUAGUUCAUGCGUCAUCUGGACUAUCCAAUAAGGUGUCAACAUAUAUUCAUUCAUUACCAGCAAAACUGAGGAUUCAAGAAUGUGUGUCAGGUCCUAGGACUGGGAUUUUUCAUAACACUGACUCUGAAGUAAAAGGUGGCACAGUGGCAUUUGAAACAACAAAAAUAUCACUGGAGGAUAAAACGGUUCCACUUGAAGGAGAAAACGUAAUGGUUAUAAAUGAUGGUGACUGGCAACCAAAUAAACUGCAGACAUCUGCCCAAGGAACAGAAACACAUACAUCAGAUAACCAAGCAGGUGUUAUCCUAUCUAAGGUCAUACAUAGUUGUACAACAUUUUCUCCAUCCAUUGAAGACGGCAAAACGUUUAUAGAGCUGGAUAACAGAAAUCGCACUGCGGAAUCAAAAAACAAAGAAGCCAAUCAGAUGAAAGAAGGGGUGCUGUUAGCUUUGAAGGACUUGGAUGUUGUUUAUAAACACAUGUGGAGAGACAAUCUGACAGAUGUUUCCAAAUCUUGUUUGCCCUUGCAAAAUCCCCAGUCUGCUAUGCGGAAAGAAGCCACUGAAUGUGACAUGGUCAUUAUGCAGAAGGGCCUGAAUUCUGAUGGUUCAAGGACAGGAGAGGAUGAGAUACAUAUGAAGAGGGAAAGAAGGCAGCAACCACUAACAGAUCUGGAAGAGAAACAAAAGGAAUGUGGAUCUUUUGAUGCUGGGACCAUAAGAAGCCGAGAGAUUUGCAAAGAUACUUACCAAAGGUUGGACGACUUAGAAGAAACCAUAAGAGACCUAGAAAUUGCUAUCAGUGAAAUUAGUAGUAAGGCAACAACGGAACUGAUACAUCCUCAAAAUUAUUUUGGACAGUUGGGAUCCAAAUAUGCCAAAAAUGGAAAAAGGAAGAUACAUACAAAUGUGUCCAGAAGCAACAGUGAUAAUAUCGGAGAUAUGGAAUCGAACUGCCUGGAUUUAAGACAAUAUGGUGUAAAGGCCAGCACAACAAACCCAAACACCCUUCCCAGCUUCAAACCACUUUUGCUGCCCAAACCACAAUGCCAGCUGAACAGUGACCCACAGAGCGGUGGUGGUAUGGCGAUUCCAGCCAUGAAGAUGGUCAACCCAGCAUCACGACUGAAGCAAACCCAGCAAGGCAGCCCAGACAAAAGCAAACACAUAAAACAACGCAUGGAAUACAUGCGCAUCCAGGGACAACAACAGGCCGCUAGAUCAACCAAGGAUCCUAGCACGAUGAAUGAGACUUCAAGCCCAGUCUCAGAAAAGCCUACUUCGGGCAGGACCUCCAUCCCAGUACUGACUUCCUUUGGGUCACGGAACUCCUCCAUUUCAUUUUAAACGUUCAGUUGCCAACAUCUCAAUCAGUUGUUUUCCUACCUACUGCUCCUGUGGGACUGGGGAGGGUUUGCGUCUCUCUUUAUGAUUUCUUCCUCCCCAGAUCUUACGGAGGCACCUAAAAAAAGUCCCCCAUGACAUAUUUUAAGGUUCUUCACGUAUGACCAACCUGCGGUCUGACUUCCUCCUCCAAAAUGACUGACCUACAGACUUCAUGUUCUCCAAAGGAUCAUUUUCUGUAACACAACAAUGUAUUUCACAAUGAGCAGUUUCUUAUCUCCUUCUCCAAAUCGACCAAUAUCUUUUUUCCUUGUUUUUUGUUUCUCCUCAGAGCCUUCCCCACCCCAAUCCUGACUUACCCCAGCUUACUGUUCUGUUCUAACAUUUUACAUCGUUUAAGUACAAAGAGUGUUAAGAGUUUUGCCAGCUCCACAGAUGCCAGGCAGUAAGGCUGUUGGGCAAUGGUGGUCUUUGCUGUUCCUUUAAAGGGACGGGUAGAAAGGAGUAGAAUCACUGGAAAAGGAUAUUAAAAACAAGGGGAAGAAGCCCACUUCUAAAAAUGCCUCAGAACCCCAUGGAUAUUUGCUGCUAUUCAUAUUUCCUUAUGUUAAUAUAUAUAAAUAUAAAUAUAUAUAUAUACUUGUAAUUAAUUGAUCAACAUGGAUCCUUGUAGGUGUGUGCUGAGUCAUUCAUGAAUCAAUGGUGUUUUGACUUGGGGGCAUGUAUGUGCUUCCAUUUUGUGGGUUUCUGUUCUUUACUACCUGUAUCAAAGACUGUUCUUGGAGCGGGGGAUAUACGUGUAUGUGCGUGUUUCGCAAAUUGAUAUAUCUGUUCUUUUUCUUCCAAGUGAUUGGAUUAAAUGUGGAAGAAGAGCAAAGACUUAAACAAGCACUGACUUUUCAUCCUGUAAACCCCCCGUCCCCAUCUUUUCAACCAUGGAGAAGCAACCAACUGUUAAAAUAGUGGGGGGAGAGACUGUUAUAAGAAGGGACACAGCCAAAGGAGGUAGCAGGUGGUUUGUCUGAAUGAUGCUGAGAACAGGGUCAGAAACAGAAAGUCAUGCUUCCUAUGACAUUGAGACACAUAAAUGUAGCACUUUAAAUAUCUGUUUAGUUACCAGAUGUGUGAGAUUCCAAAAUUCAUGGAAUACCAAAUAGGAGGCAGAAGUCAGGGAGAUGAGGGUGUCAGGGUAUCUAAGAAGCUGGGUAAUCAGGGAAAAGGAGAAUGUGGGGUGAAGGAGAUGGAAGAAUGCUCUGUCAUUUCUCAACAUGAGCUUUUGGUGGAUAGGAAUGAAGGUGGGUCAAAUCAUGGAGAGAAGUAUCUCCUCUCCAAGGUGAAAUUCCUUCAUGAGGAGAAGGUGGAGCCCCAUAUAAAAGCAAAGCCACUGUGCAGCCUUUCAUUGGCACAGGUUCUAUUCAUCAUCUAUGGAGGCUUCAAAUGUAGUACUAGAGACAGCAGGGUAGUGGAGGGAAGACAAAAUUGCUGAGGUAAUGUUCUGUGGGAUGUAUCUAUAUCAGUGGUUCUCAACCUGUGGGUCCCCAGGUGUUUUGGCCUACAACUCCCAGAAAUUCCAGCCAGUAUACCAGUUGUGAGGAUUUCUGGGAGUUGAAGGCCAAAACAUCUGGGGGACCCACAGUUUGAGAACCAUCUAUAACAGUAGUUCUCAACCUGGCCCCCCCAGAUGUUUUUGGCCUUCAACUCCCAGAAAUCCUAACUAGCUGGGAUUUCUGGGAGUUGUAGGACAAAAACAUCUGUGGACUCCAGGUUGAGAACCACUGAUCUAUAAUAUAAUUUCCCAAUAGAUUAUACGUGUGUGCAUGUGUCUCAUAAACAAGACUGUGUCUUGGAUUAGUGGAUUUUGGAAGGCUCAGCCCAACUGGAUGGAUCUUUGCUUAUUUAUUAUUUACAUUUCCACAGCGUUAGAAGCUUUUAUUCUGGAUUCAAAUAGCUAAGCUAGCUUUGUGCAAAAUGUUGAGUGGGUUGUUGGGGUCCAUUCUUUCUUGGCCUUUGAGAUGCAGAAAAAUUCAGGAUGCAGGAAGCACAGCAGGAAAUAAAAAGGAAUAUUGUAUAGUGAAGGAUACACGUAUGGUGUGGGACUGUAAGAGUGCUAUGUGAUGAAGGCUGACUCAUUCACCAAGUUCUGAAUCACUGGUUGGCUAGCAAGAAAGAUGAGGAAUGAUUUGUAGUGGGGCUUGGAAAUGGUACUGUUUGGACUAGAAUUCCUAGGUUACCCCACUGGAAUUAUAGUUCAAUACAUGAUUACCAUUUUCUAAGCUCUGGUUUGCAGCAUGAAAGAUUUUUUUUCCUCUAAAUAACAUUGUAAUAUGAAUGUGUGUUUUCAGGCUCACAGACCAGGAUAGGGAGAGGAAUGUUCCUUAAAGAGAAAAGUAAGGGCACAACCUAAAGAAGGAACAGGUGAUCUUGCACAGUUGCCAUUAAAUAAAAAAGAUCUGCACAAAUGCAUGGCCGUGUUCACACACAGUUCCCAUUAUUUUCCAAUUAUGUAGGCACAGGAAAACUUACCAUGGGAUUAUGUCCUCUAAUAUUAAGCACAGAGAGUAAAAUUAAGAAAUAGCUGACAUGUCAUGUGGCUACAUGCACAAAAUGGGAUUAUAUUGUGAGGGUUUUUCUUUUAAAAAGGAAAUGGAGAGUCUGUAUGCAACACAACAAUGUUAAUCAUUCCUUGUUUUGUUGAUUAGCUUGUCCUUUUUAUUAUUAUUGGGAUUUUUUGGCGGGGGGAAUGUGGGUGUUUGGUUUUUUAUGAUUUUUCUUCUUUUUUGUAAAUCAAUCAUUUUUGUAUAAAGAUUUUAAGAGAGCCUUUUUUUCAAUAACAAAGUUUUUUAAAAAGUCAAAAAAAUGAAAUGUUCUGUAACAACGAUCCAACAAAUAUGAAAAACAAAACAAAAAAGCAACCUCUUUACAUUUAAGUGAAGUGUCUUAACAUUUUAUAUAUUUGUUUUAAGAAAUAUAUUUACAUAUUAUAUAUAUAUAAUAUACGUAAUAUAAAUAUAUAUAUAUAAAUAUUGAAGAGGAAAAGAAAAUGAAAUUCCUGUUGUGUCUAGUAUAUUUAGAGGGAGGGGGGGAGAAUGGUGUUUGUUUUUCCCCUGAUUAAAUUAUGUAUGUUGCUCUUUGUGCUUUAGGAAACUAACAAGGCAUUGUUGCGGUGGUGGUGGUGGUGAUGCAAAUAGAGCUAGAAGGCACCGUUUGCUGGGAAAUUUCUUUCUCUUGAGCAGCUCCCGUCCCUUUUGUCGGGGUCUGCACAGGAGAGCUCCUCCAGCCAGGUGGUGCCCCAAUGAGUUUAGACAUCCUUCUGCUUCGCUCACAUUCUGUCUCUAUGGCUUUUUGCGUCCCAUUUCCCAUUGUCUGUCACUUUCAUAUUUCCUUUUAUUUUUGCCACUGGCAGGAAUGGAAUUUGCACUGCCUACUAUUCCAUACUUCUGUUUUUUUCUCUCAAAAGUUUCCUGUUUUGCAGCAGGAAGGAGCCAAAGGUAGAGGAGGAGAGGGUAAGGUAUCGAGUCACUAAUAUUGAGCUUUUAUAGGUGUGUCAAAUUAGUAAUUGGCUUCCCAACAGCUUUUGCUUCCCAAAGAGGUAUGCAAAGUAUUAAAAAUAAUACUUUUUAAUAAACUCAAGUUAAUAUAGUUACAAAUGGCCGAUUGCUUGUCAUAAUUGAUUGAGAUCUUGCAUUGGACAUGUAGCUAUGCACUAUCUCUCAAUCUGACCCUUCUCCCAAUCCACCUUUAAAUCCAGGCAAUCAUACCAAGGCAUGGAUUUAUACAAUGCUGGUGAACAGGACCCAGAACGAUGAUGUGUCCAGCUAACUCCAGCAAUGAAUGAUGGUGAAUCAAGGACUCGUGACAGGAAGUUUUUUGCUUGUCACAGCACACAUCACUGGCACCAGCUUUCGGCUCCACAGAAUUCCUUCCUUUGGCACAGCUGCCUGGCUUUUAAGGUGGAUUUGAGGGUGUUUUUGUCAUGGCAGUGGUGCCACAGUUGUCAAUCUGAAUAUCAAACAGUUAUAAAGUUGUAAACUUAGCUUACAACAUGGUAAUUGCCUAACAGGGUGCCAACCAAUGUCUUUUCCCCAACAGUAAGGGUAUAGCUAAGCUAUAUUCAAGGAGUAAAUCUGCAGUGUUACUGUACCUUGAAGUUACCUUUAUAGUAACAGGCUCUCACAAAAUGCUGGAGGAAGAGAAGUAAAAUUAGCAUAUGGUUCAGGAACAGUUUACUUUGAGCCUUUUGCUUUAUUGUAGAUAUUGAAAGGAAGAGUGUGCAUUCCAUAGCACAGGUCAGCUGCUUUUAGCAUACAGAUUUUUUUAAAAGCAAUGGAAAGUUACAAUUUUUGUGACUUUAAGAAAUUCAUUAUAACUGCAACUGUUUUGGUCUUGGAACUGUAACUUACUACUUUUAGAAGUAUCUUCUUGAGUUCCUGAAAUUAUUUAUUUAUUAUUUAUUAUUUAAAACAUUUCUAUUCCGCCCUUCUCACCUCGAAGGGAACUCAGGGUGGAACACAACAUAUAUAUGGCAAACAUUCAAUGCCGAAAAUAAACUAUAAAUAUACAUAAACACUAAAAUCAGUUAUGUUCACACUAAAAACAAUUAUUUAAAACCAUCACAAUUGCUAUCAGACUUCUCAGUGGUUUUGCACACACACACCCCAAAAGCCCAAACAUCCUCCAAACCCCAUAACAAACCUAUAGCUCCAUGAUUUCUGUACGGAAACUGGAACUGUUAGUAAAGUGUUUGAAAUGGGGUGGAGUGCAAUCCUCCCUGUUUUUCAGAUGGACAAAGACUGUGCCAAUUAUCUUCAAUUAUUAUAAAACCCACUGAAGAUGCUGGACAGGGAAGAGUUCUAUCUGGAUCACGGAAGAUUAUAUCUUGAUCUUAAGUUAGACCAGAGCUAUUUUUGCAAUUGGGAGAAACAACUGAAGCACUAAGCCCUGCAAAGGUAGGGCCAAGUGCCAGCCAGCUCUCUGUCCUAACUCCUAAAUAUGUGGUCUGGUAAUAACACUACUUGUUUGGAAUUACGUGGCAGAUCACUGGCUGUAAUUAUUUGGAAAUAUGAAGGAACUAAUUUAGGCUUGUUAGUAAACAAUUUCUUUCUUUCUUAAGAAGAUGAAUGGACUAAAUGGUAAUUGAGUCCUCAUUUGAAGUAAAACUAACCCUCCCCUCCCAAUUUCUCCCACUUUUUUGAGCCACAGCCAUUUGAGCUGCAGCUUGGAUUCACACAGGAGGGAAAGAAGGGCAUUAUAUGCUCCUUUGCAGCUGGCAAAGUUAUAUAUAUAUAUAUAUAUAUAUAUAUAUAUAUAUACACACACACACACACACACACACACACACACACACACACAUAUACACACACAUACAUACACACACACACACACACACACACGCAUGGAGAUAUGUUUCACAUUUAGAAAAAAAGGAUGAGCUUCCUCUCUACCUAAUACAGGCAGUCCCCAAGUUACACACAAGAUAGGUUCUAUAGGUUUGUUCUUAAGUUUAAUUUCUUUUAAAAUGUACCUGUUCCAACUUACAAAUGUAACUUAUAUCUUUGGAUAGCAUAGGAAAAGGUGAACACCACUAUAGUGUUUCUUUUGCUGUCUGUGCCCCUGUUCAGAAGAUUUCGCCUCCCUUUCUGUCCCUGUGAUCAUUGGAUUUUGAAACAUUUGGCUUGUGGAAAAGCUUAAGUGAUAAAGCUGCAAUGGAGGCCCAUUUUCCCCAUAAUAACUCUUCCAGGAGUGAAUUUCCCUUCUGAGUGGUAGAUUUCUCUCACUUCCUGUUGUCUCAACCUGUUUGAAUCCAACCCGAGGAAAACGCAGAUGAGCUCCUCUAUCAGCUCCAGCUCCUUGCGGGGACAUGAGAGAACCCUCCCACAAGGAUGGUAAAAACAUCAAAACAUCCGGGCAUCCCCUGGGCAAUGUCCUUGUAGACGACCAAUUAUCUCACACCAGAAGCAACUUUCGGUUUCUCAAGUUGCUCCUGACACAAAAAAAAACUGCCACAGAAUGAGAGACAGGCUUGAAAAAAAACCAUUCUUAAUUACAAGCCAGAUGUUUGUAACUCAGGGACUGCAUGUACAUUAGACAGUAGCAUACAACAUUGAGAAAUACAAGAAUUAGUUAUUGGGAAGGCAGUUCUUUUAAUCACAACUUUAUUUCUAAAACAGAAAAUCCCAAAAUGUUAUUACUCAUUUUCUAGUAUGAUGGCAUUGGAUGCCAACUUAGUCACACUUGGAGCAGACUACUGAAAUCAACAUGACUUAAACAUGUUUUCAGUAUGACUAAGACGAUCUAAAUAUGGGUAUAACCAGUUAUUUUAAUGCAAAGUUCACAGCUGAGCAUAAUUAAACAAACAAUUAAAUUCCUUGAUAUUAAAAACCAUUCUGCCCAUUUAAAGUCCAUGGGCUGGAGCUGCAAUUACACUACUUUUUGGAAGAUGAGAGUUCAUCUUUUAUUUCUCUAUAUGCUAAAAGAUCCCUGCUGUCUUUCAACCCAUGGCACAGACCAUUAGUAGCCCAGUGGGUCCCAACCUUUGGUCCUCCAGAUGUCUUGGACCUCAGCUCCCACAAUUCCGAACAGCUGGUAAGCUGGCUGGGAUUUCUAGGAGUUGAAGUCCAAAACAACUGGAGGACCAAAGGUUGGGAACCACUGAUGUAGCCAAUAUUGUUACUAUGGACAGACAUCAGCUUUCCAGCCCUACACAGUGAUGCCAAGGAUUGAACUCGGGACUUUUUACAUGUAUAGCAUACACUUUGCAACAAAUCGACAUCCCUUUUCCUUAAGGAUUUAAAGUAGCAUGUUUAGAGAUGACAUUGGCCAGCUGUCAGAUUCCAGCAUAUAUUUUAAAAUUCUUCUUAGGUAAUCUCCCUAGAAUUCAAUUUUUUCUCUGUUAUGGAAUAAGAGAUAAUUGUAGGCAUACUACCAAUUUUGUGUGACACUCCAAAAGCAGUUUUCCCCAAACUCCAACUGUGCUAAACUAUAAUUCCCAAAAACUCACAACCUAAGAACUACAAACGGGAAGGCGGGGAAGCGGUCCAAAAGAAUAGUACAUUGACAAAGGCCAGACCUAUAAAAAGGCAAGUCGAAGGGAGGUUUUCGGUGGCAUUAAGAGGAGCAGAGUGGGAGACAGGAAGAUUAGAGAGAUACAGCUUGUUCUAACAGCAUGUCCUGUUCACCCGCUCCACUGAAAUGGAGGAUGUUUGUAAGAGCACCUCCUGUUCAUUUCGGCAAGCUUUGUGAACACGCUGCUGAAACGUGUCUCACCUUGCUUGAAUGAAUGAAGAGAGCUGCUAGCUACAUACCCUCUCCCCAGUAAGAAGCAAAAAUAAAUCUUGGAUUUGCACAAGCAUGCAUAGGCUUUAUACUAGGCUGUUGGAUUCUAAUUGAAGGAGCCCAGGGAACAUGGGAUGGUUGUGGGGAUUGCGAAUGGCGAUCCCACAUGUAAGCCUCCACUGCCUCAACACCCACAAAGAUUCGGAUCUUCAAGGCAGAUCUAGAUCUUUGCAAUUACUGUAUUUAUUUUUAUCCAGAUGUAAAUGGCAUUAAAAAUUUUUACAUCAGGUUAACCACAGGGGUGUUACAUUCAAGCUAAUGCGACAUCUACAUUGCAUUUUUGGGCAGUGUAGAUGGGCCCUUAGGAAAGAAGUAGUUGAGGAGACAGUGGUCUCAGGACCCAUUCCAUUUUAGUUUCUUUCACUUUCCUUGUCUAAAACACUUUUUUUCCCUUUUACAUGUCUGUUCUUGAACUCAAUGGGUGUGUGUAUGUGUGUGUAUAAAUGAGAGAGUGUGUCACUGUCAUGGCAUUAUCCAACUGCUGUGUGAGCAACAAUCAUAGAGAGUUUAUUUAAAUAUAUAUAUACAGAUUAUAUAUAUAUAGAUAGAUAGAUAGCCCACACUUUAUUGAAUUUUUAUUUAAAAUGGAAAAGAAGUUUUUUAAAAAGUUUCAAAGAUGUAAGUUAGAAAGCACCAAGCUAUGCAUGUCUUUUUGGUGUGUAUGUUUGUGCGUGUGCGUGCGUGUGUGCUGGGGGGAAGCAAUCACCACUGCAUGCCAUGAGCCUCGCUUUACUUGUGUGGAUGUUGUUUUAAGAGAAGUUUAAGCAAUUUUGAAAGGUUUUUUUAAAAGAAAAAUUUAAAAGAGAGAGAAACUUUUAAGCACUGUGUAGGGAGGAUUGAUGAUGUCAUGUGUCUCUUUCGCAUGGAUUUUAUUGUGAACUGAUUUUUUAAAAAGGAAAACAACAAAACAACAAAAAAGUACCUAUCAACAACACCACACCAAAACUGGUCAUAAAAAACAACCGUUCUGAAAAAUCUGUAACUUUUGUAAAUCUUUCUGCUGCUAUCUGUAGGUAGAGUUCUGUGUAUAAAAAUCUAUGGAUGCCAUGUUUUAUUCUGUGACAAAUGUGAUCAUUGUUAGUCAAGAAUUCCAAAUGAAGGAAGGUUGCUUUUUUCUUUAAUUUACCCCCUCCCUCCUCUUUUUGUUUGUUUCCUAUGAAGAGUGUCUGACUUUAAUAAACUACUCUUUCCCCCCCUCUGUGA